AUGGGUCUAGGUGUGCUCGAGGACAAGGUACUCGACCAUGUCCCUGGCACUUCCUAUAUCCUCGAAGAUGAAAGGGAUGAUAAUACCGCUCUCGAUUCGCGCCUCAAGUACGAUCGCUCCGGCGACGUUCCUAUUCUUCUAGUACCACAGCCAAGCGAUGACCCGAACGAUCCUCUGGUAGGUAGAAGAAGCUAUGGUUGCUCGCUCAUGGCCGCCAACACUGUGACCAUUGCUCUUCACUAUGGGAAGAGUUUCACGUCCGUUGCUCUCCUCACUGGCUACCACCUCUGUGGUGUGGGUGUCGCUGGUGUGCUAAUUGUUCCGACUGCACGAGUGUGGGGCAAGCGACAUCUUUUCAUCCUGGGAAAUAUUCUGAUGGUCGUGAGCUGCGCAUGGGCUGGGGGCAGCGGCCAGAAUUAUCAGAGCCUUCUCUGGGCCCGGAUCAUCCAAGGAGUCGCAUUGGCUCCAUUCGAAGCUUUGACGAAUGCUUGUGUUGGUGAUCUAUUCUUUGUCCAUGAACGGGGCAAGCGGAUGGCCUUAUCGAAUGUUGCCGUGUUCGGCGCUGCCUUCCUCACACCGGUUUUGGCUGGCAAGAUCACACACUCGCUUAGUUGGCAAUGGACGUUUUACCUAGUGGCGAUCUUUACUGCCGCUUGCCUGCCCCUGACAUUCUUCCUGAUACCAGAAACGGCUUUCAGACGCGCCGACCAUUUCAACACAGACUUUGAGCAUGUCGGCGACCGCCUUGAUGGAAGCCACUCACAUACACAACUGCAGCCCGCUGGAUAUGCGACUUCUGAAUUGAGCCAGAUAUCUGGAGAGCAAAAGCAAUCCGUACUUGGGACCAACGAGAAGCCGCAAGGGGAGCCCUCUCGACGAGAAGAUGGUGUCAGUCAGGAACCUACACUCCCUCGCAAGGCCACGUACUGGGAAACUCUCAAGCUAUUCAAUGGACGGAAAACAGACGAGGACUUUUUCACACUGCUUUUGAGACCCUUUCCCCUAUUCUUCCAUCCUGGUAUCCUCUGGGCUUGCUUGAUACAAGGCGUUCUCAUUGGUUGGACUGUCUUUAUCGGUGUUGUCCUGGCUGCCAUCUUCCUGGGACCUCCUCUAUGGUUCAACGAGGUGCAGACAGGAUACCUCUAUACAGGUGCCUUCAUUGGCUCUAUCUUAGGCCUGAUACUGUCUGGCAUCCUGUCAGAUUCGUUGAACAAGGUCAUGAUAAAACUCAACAAAGGCAAAUACGAACCCGAGUUCCGUAUUCUGCUAGUUAUCUUCCAACUGAUCUUCAGCGGCACUGGCCUCUACGGGUUUGGGAUUGUGGCGGAGGACGUGGACCGAUAUGGGUGGCUCGUGCCGGACGUCUUCUUUGCUUUUGUCAUCAUAGGAAUGGUCAUGGGUGCCGUCGCGAGCGCCUUGUACAUUGUCGAUGCACACCGUCAAAUCGCCGUUGAAGCGUUCACGUGCUUAUUGAUCUUCAAGAACAUAUUCAGUUUCGUUCUGACUUUUUUCGCAUAUGACUGGCUCAUAAGAAAUGGAAUCAGACCGGCAUUCCUAGCUAUCUCCAGUAUCCAGGUGGGCGUUUGUCUCUUGAGCAUUCCGAUGUAUAUUUUCGGGAAACGAAAUCGGUCAUUCUUCACGCGUUACAACAUUUUGAAGAAGCUGCAUCUCUGGUAA